CAAGCUCUCACUGACGCAGAGCACGACGCCAUGCGCACGUUCUUUGAAGGAAAAAAGCAAGAAUCCUUACUGUUUGGACAAUUCAAAAGAGAGAAUGCUAACGCGGUGCACAAUGGGUUGAUGGCUCAACGACAGUUCAGUACAACGAUCAUUGCGGUUGCGAAUACCUUUACUUCCUUUUUGCGGGACCAAAUUGCGAACGAGCAACUAGAGAAGAACUGGCGAAACGUGGCAGCCCUGUUGAUAGCGCUCUACA